AGGAGUGACCCGCGCAGCGGCGCGGCAUUGUGGGAAAGGCCGCGGGAGCGAGCGGAGCGACAAGCCGCAGUCAGCUCCUUCACCGGGACCCGCAUAAGACACCGCGCUGUCCGCUUCGCUCCUCCAUGGCUCUGUGCAACGGGGACUCCAAGCUGGAUAUCAGCGGUGAGCCGAAGGACAGCUUGCGGCGCUACGAGGGAGCCGUGGCCAUCUUGGAUGCGGGUGCGCAGUAUGGCAAAGUGAUUGACCGCCGUGUCAGGGAGCUGUGUGUGCAGUCAGAGAUCCUGCCACUGGAGACACCAGCGUUUGCCAUCAGAGAGCAGGGUUUCAGAGCGAUCAUCAUAUCUGGGGGGCCCAACUCUGUCUACGCAGAGGAUGCGCCCUGGUUUGACCCUGCCAUCUUCACCAUUGGGAAACCAGUUCUGGGCAUCUGCUAUGGCAUGCAGAUGAUGAAUAAAGUGUUUGGAGGAACUGUGCACAAGAAGAUCAUGAGAGAGGAUGGAGUGUUCAGCAUAGGACUUGACAACUCCUGCUCUCUUUUCAGAGGUCUUCAGAAGGAGGAGGUGGUGUUGCUGACGCACGGAGACAGUGUGGACAAGGUGGCCGAUGGCUUCAAAGUGGUGGCACAGUCGGGGAACAUCGUUACAGGUAUUGCCAACGAGCAGAAGAAACUGUAUGGCACACAGUUCCACCCCGAGGUGGACCUCACGGAGCGUGGAAUGCAGAUGCUCAAGAACUUCCUCUUCGAGAUCUCUGGCUGCACGAGCAACUUCACUGUGCAGGACCGCGAGCAGAGCUGCAUCUGCGAGAUCCAGGAGAGAGUCCAGAAGUCCAAAGUGCUGGUUUUGCUGAGCGGGGGUGUGGACUCGACGGUGUGCACUGCCCUGUUGAACAAGGCCUUGAACCAAGAGCAGGUCAUCGCCGUGCAUAUCGACAACGGCUUCAUGAGGAAGAAGGAGAGCCAGAGCGUCGAGGAGGCGCUGACAAAGCUGGGCAUCAAUGUCAAGGUCGUGAACGCUGCUCAUACGUUCUACAAUGGCACCACCACCCUGCCCAUCUCAGAGGAGGACAGGACCCCCAGGAAACGCAUCAGCAAGACACUGAACAUGACUACCAACCCAGAAGAGAAGAGGAAGAUCAUUGGAGACACUUUUGUCAAGGUGGCCAAUGAAGUGAUUGGGGAGAUGAACUUGAAACCAGAGGACGUGUUCCUGGCUCAGGGGACACUGCGGCCAGACCUGAUUGAGAGCGCCUCCAUCAUUGCCAGCGGGAAGGCUGAGGUCAUCAAGACACACCACAAUGACACAGAGCUCAUCCGCAAGCUGCGAGAUGAGGGGAGAGUAAUUGAGCCUCUGAAAGACUUCCACAAGGAUGAGGUCCGCAUGCUCGGUCGAGGCCUGGGACUCCCGGAGGAAAUUGUCUCUCGACACCCCUUCCCAGGUCCUGGUCUGGCCAUCAGAGUGAUCUGUGCCGAUGAGCCGUACAUCUGCAAAGAUUUCGCCGAGACCAAUAACAUUCUGAAGAUAGUGGCCGACUUCUCAGCCAGCGUCAAAAAGCCACAUGCUCUGCUGCAGAAGGUGAAGUCCUGCAUAUCAGACGAAGAAGAAGAGAAGUUAAUGCAGAUCACCAGCCUUCAUUCACUCAAUGCCUUCCUCCUGCCGAUCAAAACCGUGGGUGUCCAGGGCGACUGCCGGACGUACAGCUAUGUCUGCGGUGUUUCCAGCAAAGAGGAGCCUCACUGGGACUCUCUUAUGUUCCUGGCGAGAAUCAUCCCUCGCAUGUGUCACAGCAUCAACAGAGUGGUGUAUGUGUUUGGGCCACAGGUCAAGGAGCCACCCACAGACAUCACGCCUACCUUCCUGACCACUGGUGUAUUGGGAACACUUCGACAGGCCGACUUUGUGGCUCACACCAUCCUGCGUGAAUCUGGCUACUCUGGAAAGAUCAGCCAGAUGCCGGUGAUCCUUACCCCCCUGCAUUUUGACCGCGACCCCCUACAGAAGCAGCCCUCCUGUCGACGCUCAGUGGUCAUUCGCACCUUCAUCACCAGCGACUUCAUGACCGGAAUUCCCGCCACACCUGGCAAUCACAUCCCCGAGGAGGUGGUGCUGAAGAUGGAGAGUGAGAUCAAGAAGAUCCCAGGCAUCUCCAGGGUGAUGUUUGACUUGACCUCCAAGCCUCCAGGGACCACAGAGUGGGAAUAGGACUGGGGACCCCUCAGUGAUACCCUCUUGUUGUUCCCUCUCCUCUCUCCACCACUGUCAUCACCCCCUCCCCACCCCCACCCCACCCCCCUUGUGAUAAGAACAUUCCCAGUGUUGCCAGGUAGUACUGUGACCAGCAACACACCAGAAGACAAACAUUGGCCCGCCCCUGUUUUUUUGGCGGAAGAGAAUUGUUUUUAUUUUAUUUUUUACUUGUUUCCGUUUGUGACGGCAUGCUGUGAACGUCUCAAGGUUUUUGGGACUUCCUGUUUCAAGGGGUCCUGUCCUCGGGGAGGUCAGAGGUCAAACGCAGGUCGUGGUUCGGCCACAUUUUAACCCCCCGCCCAGGGUCACAGUGUGUGGCCAAAUGGCAAGAAAAGUAACCUUGCAGCAACACGAAAGGCGCUUAGAACACUGAUAAUUUUCUGCCUUCACAACAUUAACAUUAACUCUGUUUUAUGUCCUUGGUUGUUGGGUAUAAUAGUGGGGAUUUCUCCUUGUUUUUUCUGUCUGUUCUCCAACUUACUUGAUAUGACUUAUUGAAAGAAGUAGUUCAGCAGAGAGGGUUUACCUUGAAAAAGUUGCCAAACGCCUGUGCGAGUCCGUCAUUUCAGCUGAACGCACAUCGCUCCUCUCCCCAUCCCCUGCGCAGUGUCGGAUCUCCCACAUUACGUGCACUGGGUGCGUGCCACAGUUAACGCUCCGUCUGGCAAAGGACAAACUGCUGAAUAGAGCUCUCCCACAGGGGGGCACUCUCGAGUUUGUGCCUACUCUUGCUUCUUCGAUCCAUUUCUGUUCCUCCCAGAAUAGUGUUCCCCCUUCUUCCAUGUUGCAAUAAGUGCUUUUUUUAAUUUUUUUUAACAAAACCGAUUAUUAAUAACUGAAAAAUGGAGAGAAAAUAUAAUAUUGAACAACUAAGGCACUUUUCCAUUUGUAUUUGCAACCCAUCAUCGUCAUCCUCUGCUCACCUGUAGUGUCAGUGUGGUGGAAGGUCAGCUUUUGCACAAUGAGUCACAUCCAGUGGUAGCCAUGGUCUUGGUGCUUUCUGCUGUGUGGGCUAGUAGUGUUUCCAGGUUAAAGGUUAGGGUGAAGCUGGGGGGGUGGUCAGCAGGCGACUCUGAGGGCCUACUGACCGUAACUGUCUCGCCAGUCCUUACACACCCCCCUGGUCACUUUAAUUUUUGGCCUAAAAUCCUUAACUUAUGACAGAGAUCAAUUUUUUACCGUGGUAAUAUGAAGCUCAUAUUUAGGUAUUUAUUGUCUUUGUACUUUUCAUGAAAUGCCGUGUUCGUUUCUCACGAUGACGAAAAUCGAACAAUGCAAGAUGGAUUCAUUCCUCGUCUUAAUCGCAGGCCUCCUAACGUUCUCCCUCAGUCGCCUUCCACAUUUGACAUCUCCUCACGUCUCCUCUCUUUGGAAGAAGAAGAAAGUGCUCACAACUAAAGGACAUUGGAUUUGAUAGUGGGGUUUAACUGCAAUAUUACACGUGUAACUUUAAUUUAUGCAAUUUUGUGUCUGAGCGAUUCUCACGUUUAAAAGAACGACGCUUUGUUUCCUUCUCAAUGUGCCUCAAACGAGCCGCUGCAUGCAGUUCCAACAUUGAAAUUUGUACAAUGAAAAUGGAGCUUUAAUAAAGAUGUCCAUGUCGAAAGUG